AAUGCAUACAUACGUGUGUUUACCCCUGUGUAUUCACAAUGUUCUUGUUAUGGUUUUUUGUUAGUAUCUUGAGUGUAUUUUGCCCUUGUUCAGGAGAGGGUGCUUUUCUGCAUGCAUACUCUCCUGGAGACAUCAUCAUUGGAGGACUUUUCCCUAUUCACAUGCGAACCAAUAGAACCACAGUGCCGGGACCACUCUCCUGUGUUGAGUAUGAUUUCCAAACGUUCUUGCACACUCAAGUUAUGAUAUACGCCAUCGGAGAAAUAAACCAGCGCACGCCAAGAGUUCUCCCCGACUUCACCAUAGGUUAUGACAUCCAUGACACUUGCGGUGAUGUCAGCUUUGCCAUCAGAGCAACACUCCAGCUACUGAAGAACCAGUCAGACCCACAGAGCUGUUUAGUACCUGCAAACUUUCAAUCUGCUUUAACUGAACCCAAAACAAAGGCAGUGAUUGGUGAAAAAUAUUCGGAAGUAUCAAUAGCUGUUGCACGAGUAGUUGCUCUGUCAUCCGUUGCCCAGAUUAGCUAUGCAUCGACUAGCGAGCUGCUCAGCACGAAGUUCAAGUUCCCCACUUUCCUGCGAACAGUAUCUAGUGAUAAAUAUCAGACAAAGGCCAUUGCUGCGCUGGUGAAGCAGUUUAAUUGGAAAACAGUGGCCAUUGUAGGAAGUGAUGAUGAGUACGGGAAGUAUGGCAGUGAUCGCCUUAUGGACAUCUUCAGUGAAAUGGGGGACGUCUGCAUUGAAUUCACUGACAUCUUGCCUGGUAUCUUUCCCCAGAACAAUUCCCAAACCCAUGCGAGGCUGGCAGAGCUGGUGAGAAAUAUCAAUAAAUCCUCUGCUGAGGCCGUCAUCAUGUUCACCAAGGGUGCCAAUGUUGAAUUCAUCAUGGAAGCAGCUAUCAAACACAACCUCAACAGAACCUGGAUUGCAAGUGAUUCGUGGUCCACCUCUACAACGGUCUCUACACUGCCAGGCAUUGAGAAGGCUGGGGACAUUUUCGGAUUUAUCUUUAAGAGGAAUGAGGUGCCUGGUUUUAAGGACUAUGUCAUCUCAAUGUUCAAUGGAACCACUAACGCCAUCCUCGAACAUUACCUGACUCUUAAUCCCCUUUGUACUAAUCAGUCUGAGGAGAACAGUGAAAGUAACUGCUUGCUAUUAAACAGCCCACAAGGGUCCAAGCAAUGUCUGUACCUAAGCUGCUUGGCCAGCUACAUUGACCAGGAUGAUUCGUACAGUAUCUACUUAGCUGUUCAAGUCAUUGUUGAGGGUCUCAGACACCUGCUAAAGUGUGACAACCAGCACUGUGAACGUAGCGCCAACUUUACAGCAUUGGAGCUUCUUAUGGAAGUCAAGAACGUCAACUUCACUGUGAACACCACACAUAUAUCCUUUGACCACAAUGGAGACCCUUAUUUAGGAUACGAUAUUGUAUAUUGGAACAUGACUGAAUCCAAACAGGGCGCACGUAUAAAAACCAUUGGAGAAUACUGGCCAGAUAGAAAAAUCAAAGUCCCAGAAGAUCUUCUUGGAAAAAUGAACGUGACAGUAACUGCUUACAACUGCUCUAAAACAUGUGAACCAGGGCAGGAGCUGAAAAAGCAAAACAGAAAGUGCUGCAAUGAUUGUGUUCCAUGUGCAGAUGGAGAGUUUUCCGCUGUAAAUGGUGAUAAAUGUAAACGCUGCGGGAAAGAUCAGUAUUCAACUCCACAGAGGGAUAAGUGUUUGAACAAAACUGUUGAAUUCCUAAACUGGUCAGAUCCCUUCACUAUCAUUUUGAGUUCCUUGGGAGUCUUUGGGAUAAUUGCCACCACUGUGUUUGCUAUUUUGUUUACAAUCUAUCGUAGGACUCCGAUUGUGAAAGCUGUUGGAGGUUACUUGUGUUUCUUGGAGCUUUUUUCCUUGCUGGUUUGCUUCUGCCUUACAUUUAGCUUCGUGGGAACACCCACUGCAGCUUCCUGCAAAUUAGGCCUGCCUCUCUUUGGCAUGUCCUUUUCCCUCUGCAUCUCCUGUAUUCUGGCCAACCUGCUCCAAAUCUUAGUGGGCUUCAACUUUGACCUGAAGACAGGGUCCUGGAUGAAGAAGCUCAAUCAGCCGAUGGCUGUGGUGACCAUUGUCUCUGGGAUCCAGCUUGCCCUGUGUGUGCCAUGGCUGUACCUUUAUCCUCCAAAGCCUGUUAAAACAGAUGUUGACAAGAUCAUCCUGCAUGAGUGUGCCAUAGGCUCUAUUAUGUUCUUUAUAGCCAUGUUAUCCUACAUCGCUUUCUUGGGCCUUAUUUGUUUCCUGUUUGCAAUCAAAGGUAAACAGUUGCCAGAUUUGUAUAAAAAUGCAAGUUUGAUCACCACUAGUAUGCUGCUGUUUUUAAUCAUUUGGAUCAUCUUCAUCCCGAUUUAUAUUAGUUUGUUUGGCAAGCACAAACGAGCCAUUGAAAGUGCAGCCAUUCUUAUUUCUAGCUACAGCAUCCUAGGCUGUCACUUGGCCCCAAAGUGUUACAUUAUGGUGUUCAGGAAAGAGAUUAAUAAUGAGAACGCCAUUACUGAGUACAUCAGGAAGCAUUAUGAGCAGAGAAACAUGGCUGUGGUGAAAUCAUAAUCUCACAUGCACAUCCAUAAAUUCUUUGCGGAUGCUAGGUAACAAUUAUCCGCACAGAAAUAUGUCUUCCUGUGUUGAAACCAUAGCCACUGCGUCUCUCUCUGGCUAGUUAAACGUGUUUGUGCCCACAAAAAGCUGAGUUAGACCUAAAAUGAAUCCAGCCUUGUAUGGUUUUACAUUUUUAAGCAAGAGUUUGACGUUUUGGGAAAUGUGUACACAAUAUGCUUGGCGUUCAAGUGGUAAGUCGUAAGAACACCGCUGCUAGGCAACGGCGAGCAUGUCGUGUACACGACUUACCAUGUCGUAACCACGAGCUCACGAGUUGCAUUAAUCCGUACAAAACCAGAAGUGUAAAAAAAACACAAAUAGUCCGACACAUAACCCCUUGUAAAACGCAGAAUUGUGGUUUUUACACUUGCAACAAACUAAAUAUAGCGCGUUAAUUAGUUCAUGAGUUUUAGUUAGGUUGGUAGGCAGAUUUUGUUACCUUUGGAUAGAGCCAGGCUAACUGUUUCCCCCUGUUUCCAGUCUAUGUGCUAAGCUAAGCUAACCGGCUGCUGGCUGUAGCAUUAUAUUUAACGGACAGAUAGGAG